UUACUCAGAGAUGCCCGAUAGGGUGAUUCGAACGAAAGGAGAAUGAGAAUUGAGAUUCAGACAAGAGGACGAAUGAUAUCUACAUUAAUGUGACUAGUAGUAUACUCCAGCAAAUACAGCUCUCUACAGCAAUAAAGAAAAAGAAAAAAAGUCCACUGCUUCUGGUUCCUUUGUUGGACUGGAUGGAACGAUUGAAUGACGAGUGAGAAUCCUCCGAUUGGAAGCGACGUUGCAUCAGAUGGGGUUCCUCGAUUAGAAGAGGGUGUAAAGGAGAUUAGACUGCCUCCCUCGUGCAGCGAAGAAGAGCGCGAUUAUGUAGUGAUUAUUUAUGCAUCGACUAGAGAGGAUGCGGGUGUGGAGGGGAUGGUGGUGAUGGUGAUGGGUGAGGUGAUGGGUGAGAGGAUGGUGAUGAUGAGAGGAUGUGGUGACGAGAGGAUGGUGAUGAUGAGAGGAUGUGGUGACGAGUGGAGGUCACGGUGAGUUCAAGAGCGCGAGCGUCACGGUCGACGACAGGAUGAUGAGGAGUGGACACGUGACCAGUCAGUUAGCCAUCGAGUCUAGAAGAAGACUGGGGCGACGGUGCUUGCUCCUGCGCGAAUGGUGGUGCGAGAGGAGGAGGAGGACUGGGAUUGUGCCCUCGGGUCAGUGUAGGGCGGGGGUGACUGGGUGGAGGAGGAGUUGGAAGAAGUGGACUUGGACGGAGAGAAGGUAGACUGGGUGGAAAUGGAGCUGUUGAUGUACUGGUUGCUCAUUUGUGACAGAGGAUGGGGUGAGUUGGAAGUGAUUGACAGGAGUUGAGAGAUGGCAGGCUUAUAUAGUGUGGGCUCAUCGCCUCGUGCGGAGGACUGGUUGGAGGUUCAUGAACAGGAUCUCUGGAUCUUGGGCCUUACCGGAAGCGAGUCGGACAAUAUAGAAGAGGGUCCCACGAAAAAGAGGACGCUUAGCAACGAGAGACGCCAGUAAGGGGAAGAGGCUGGAGAGACUGGAGAGAAUUGAAAACAUAGCCGCCAGGCCCAGCCAUCGUACAGAUCCGCUGUCUGCGCGUGGAAAUACCCGGCUCUAGCCGCCCCUUGUCCUCCUCGAUCUCUGGU